CAGGCAAGUCUCCAAUUAAAUUACCCACUCAAGGUUCUUUCAAUCUUCGCUGCGUUCGCAAAACUUUCCCGAACCCCAAAAUCCUCGUUCCUUGUGAGUACCGUAACAAGCCGCAAAUUUUACAUCCGCUGAUUUAAAGAAUUGCGACAAGCAAUGUUACUUAAGGUCAACGUUUAAAAAAAGUCCGGUUCUGUUAGUUAAACGUAUAAAAUGGGCGACGCUUAAUAAAUCCUCAGUACGGUGCUGACGUCCCGUACUGACACACUUUGCCUUUUUAUCGUCCAAGAUGAGAUACUUGUUAGUUUUUUGUGUUUUUGCGGUUAGCUCUCUUCAAGCGAAGGAGCAGACCUUGCAGCUGGUUCACGUGUUCUUCAGGCAUGGUAGUCGUACCCCGGAGCACAAGCACGUCUACCCCACGGACCCCUACGAUGCGCAGACGUUCUGGCCCAUGGGAUAUGGAGCUCUGACAAAUAAAGGCAAGCAGAUGUCGUUCAAACUCGGCGAUAUUCUCCGGCAACGGUACGACUCGUUCCUGGGGGAUUUGUACGUACCGGAAAUGGUGGAGGCGGUUAGUACCGAUUUUGACAGGACUAAGGCGUCGCUGCUUUUGGUGUUGGCGGCGUUGUUCCCACCUGCGCCUGCCCAGCGAUGGAGCGACUCGUUACCAUGGAUGCCCAUUCCGAUACACUUUGACAAGGAUCGGUACGAUUAUACUUUGAGACGUCCGACGCACUAUUGCCCAGCCUACGUCAAAGAACUAGAGGAGGUACUAUUGUCUGACGAUAUUCAAAGACAAACGAAACAAUAUAGGGACCUCUUCAAGUACAUUGAGGAACACACUAAGAUAAAAAUCGACAACACGGGUGACGCUUUCAACGUCUACCAAACCCUCAAUGCUGAAGCCAACAUGAACUUGACCCUUCCGGAGUGGUCCAAGACUGUCUACCCCGAACCACUACAGACCCUAGCUGGUUUGCAGUGCAACUUCGAAAACUACAACGCCAUUUUGAAAACCCUCAACGGAGGUCGCAUGUUGGGGGUCAUCCUCAAGCACAUGAUCGACAAAUCAAAUCGCGCCCUCUCCCCCGCCGAGCGCAAGAUCUACCUGUAUUCAGGGCACGAGAACAACGUGGUCAAUAUUCUGGCAACUUUAAAUCUGUUCAAGCCACAUGUUCCCAAGUAUUCGGCGGCUGUGAUAGUGGAAUUGCACUAUUUGAACGAGAAAAUGGGCUACGGAGUGAAGGUGCUGUAUUUGCGAGACGUGGAUAGCGAGCCCGAGGAGCAGAAGUUGGAGGGUUGUGAUGCGAUUUGUCCUUUGAGCAGUUUUAUACGGAUCGUGGAGCCUCAUAUUCCGGUUAAUUAUACGAAGGAGUGUCAUGCGCUCGUUAAUUUGGAUUAGGGUGAAAAAGACUGUGUUGUCAAUGCUAUUUAUUGAUAAUUUAAGGAAAUGUUAGGGUAGUUUUCGAAACUUUAUAGUUAUGUUUGUUUUGUAAUAAUUUAUAACUAUUUUCAGUAUUAGUAGAAAUUUUGAGAAAUGAAAAAGUGUGAUAGGUUGAAAUUUCAGUGUGGUAGUAACAUUUUUACGAUUUAUUUAAGUCGUAGUUGCAUUGUCCAAUAAAGAUAUUUUUGUAAA